AUGGAUAAGGACGUGUGUCAAACGUUCACUGCUUUAAGGAACUCGUUUUCCUAUGAGGACAAAGAUGGAAGCUAUCAAUUUAUGCAUGAUGAAGAUUUCCAAACGUACUGUACUAAUGAAACUUGUGUUGAUGAUACCGCUAAAAUUAAUGCUAGAUGUUUAUAUAUUUUUGAAACAUUCUUUAAGGAUAAGUCUACGUUUGAAGAGGAUGCAAAAGGAAACAUCUAUAUUGUUCAAUACAUUUUGAUAUGGUUAAGUUAUGUGUUAAGCCUGAUCAAAAGUGAAGAAAAAGGCAGUCUAAAUGGAUUUUAUAAUAAAUAUAUAGAAAAUGGCGAGAGAUAUAAAAAGGAAAUAAACGAUGUUACUACUUAUAAAAAUUAUAAGGAUCUUAUAGAUAGAAAUAAAUAUCUUUUAAGUAUGGAUAUGAGCAUUAUAUCUAAAUUAUAUGAUGCAUUUAGUACAUUAUGUGACAUGUAUAUUGAGUUUGAAACAAACUCAGAUUGCGAUAAUUAUAUAGAAAAAGCUAAAAAGUUUGUUGAAAUAUAUGAUAAACUUAAUGAAGAUUAUAAUAAUGGUAAAGAGAGCCCCUAUAAUCAAUUAUUAUCUACAUUAUCAAAUGAUUAUAAUAAUUUUAAAAAUAAAUGUAAUCAUUUUCCAUCACUUCCAACAUAUUCACGAAAAUUAGUAAUAAAAAGGACACUAAUUCCAAUUGCAUUUAUAUUUGUUGCAGUAUCAAUUUUCUUGGGAAUUGCAUAUAAGUAUUCGUUACUUGGAUUUCGGAAACGAUCUCAAAAGCAAUGUUUAAGAGAAAGAAUAAAAAAUAUAAAGAAGAAACUGAUCAUUAAUAAAUUAUUCUGA